AUGGCAUCCGAUUUAGAAAAACGGGAAGGCACCCCUCUGCCUACUUCCGGCCCAACUAGCAUUCCGCAAAAGCGAGUACUGGACGACGACCACGUCCCAGCUAUUUCCUCGCCACUCAACCCGAAUCCAGACCCAAAACUCACAAAAGCGCAAUCGCAUGACGACAUACCAGCCAUGGCCCGCGAAAAGCGAACGAAGAAGGAGUCGCUGAAAAAGCGCGAGUCCAAAGGCGUCUCUGCCCCAGACAGCGUCAGAGCUACCCCAGAUCCCAAGCUCGUCAGCAACGAACCUACGCUGAAGGAUUCGUCGCCAUUGAGAUACAAGCUGGCGCCUCCGAAACCCUCAGACUUUGAACCAGCUCGUGCUCCCGUCUUCACUCAUCACCACGAUGUGCCGGCCCUUGAUGGGACCACCAUUAGUUUCUAUGAGACUUCCGAACAUGUAUAUAACAAGAAGAACUUCCAUUACACCCAUUGCAUAGCCGAUCCCAACUUUCCGUCCUCCUUCUACUAUCGCCAAACAGAGCCAGAACCUCACGGCUCACAUAUCAGCUUCGAAGAUGCCGCCACCCACAUGUAUCUGGACCAAUCGGGACGGCAUAUUACGACGGACAAAGGCUUCAGAAUGGCAAGAGCAAAUAUCGGGGUGCGCCAAGGCCGGUGGUAUUGGGAAUGUAAGAUUACGAGGGGAAUGGUGAAGACGGCAGAGGGUGGGAAAAUCGAAUCGCAUGGACACGUGCGGCUAGGUUUCGCAAGACGGGAAGCUUCGCUAGAUGCACCAGUGGGGUUUGAUGCGUACAGCUAUGGUAUCCGAGACGUCGAGGGCCAGAAGGUGCACAUGUCGCGACCGAAGGACUUCUUCCCGACUGGCGAAGAUAUCAAGGAAGGCGACGUGAUUGGUCUCGAGAUCCAGCUUCCCUCAGAAAACCUUCAUCGGAAAGUGGUACAAGGACAGUAUAAUCCUGCCGUGGAUAUUUUAGAUGACGAGACACCGAGUGCGGAGGGCCCAAACAUUGUGCGAGACCGUAUACCCAUCCGAUUCAAAGCCCACAUCUACUUCGAGAAGAUCGACUAUCACACUAGCAAGGAAUUGGAGGACCUGAUGAACCCAUCGCCUGUUGGUGCAUCGGGCACUGCCAACAGCGCAGCUGAGCCACCGAAUCCUAAUCAUCAGGUCCCGUCCCUGCGAACGCUGCCGAAUUCAUACAUCAAGGUGUACAAGAAUGGCGUUCUUAUGGGAACACCAUUCACGAAUCUCCUCGCCUUCCUUCCACCUGCUUCAAAACCACAAGCGCAGGUAGGCGCAAGAGAAGGCAUGGACGACGGCAUGCUCGGGUACUAUCCUGCCAUUAGUGUGUUCCGAGGUGGCGCCGCAGAGUGUAACUUUGGUCCCGACUUCUGGUAUCCACCACCGGGUUACGGGACCAAAGACACAGAUGGGGAUGUAGAGAUGACGGGCACAGAUGGCGACACCGUAACAGUCGUCUCCGAGAAGCCAGCAGGAAACGUCUGCCCCCUGUCCAAGCGCUACGAUGAACAGAUUGUCGAGGACAUUGUGGCGGACAUCGUAGACGAGGUCGACUUCUGGAUGCAGGACGGUUGCCGAGUCAUUGACAGAACCGGCGGCCGCGACGAGAAGGCAGACGUGACAGUUGACAUUGCACCUGGCCGGGAGGAGAUCAAGGAGCUCGUGCAGGACGAUUAA